UGUAGGUGGUAGUUCAGUUCCCAGGGCUUUAAAACAUUUUUAUAGACCUCUCAGUGAAUACGUGUUCGCCAGAUAUUCCAACAUCAAAGUUCAAAAUGGCAAUGCGUGACUUGGUAGAGGGGGAAUGUGGGAGUGCAAACCCUUUGAUGAAGCUGGUGACACACUUCACGCAAGAUCAGUCAUUUCGCCAGGAAGGUCUGGUGCAAGACAGAUUUGGACCUCCAAGAGAAUUGGGUGAAAGAGCUUUUCAUGAAGCCCGUGAAGAAGAGUUGGUGUCAGAGUUUCUUCGUGAUCCAAGGACACAUGCGCCUCCACAGUCCUUUCGCAUGGGUGACUUGCUCCAUGAAAUGAAAGAAAUUGAACAAAGAAACCUCCAUCAUACUCCAGUUAGAGCUCCAGGCAUUGCUGAUCUGGCAUCAAGUGAGUGGGCCGCUGAGUAUAUGUCAUCUGAGGUCCAGCGAGCAGAAGAGUGGUCCAAAGAAUAUGAACAGGAGGCAAGGUUCCAGCCAAGAGCAGGUUUUCAUGAUGUGCCGACCAAGUGGGCUGCUGAGUACUUAGAGCAUGUCAGCGACAUGGGACAUGCAGCUCUUGAUGAUGCAUCAUGGUUAAUCUUCUACCAGUUUACAUCGUUUCUAACGCCUGGAAUUAUCUACCACUGUGACUUAACUCAAGACAAUUUUCAACCGAAGGAAGGUCUGGUGCAAGACAGAUUUGGACCUCCAAGAGAAUUGGGUGAAAGAGCUUUUCAUGAAGCCCGUGAAGAAGAGUUGGUGUCAGAGUUUCUUCGUGAUCCAAGGACACAUGCGCCUCCACAGUCCUUUCGCAUGGGUGACUUGCUCCAUGAAAUGAAAGAAAUUGAACAAAGAAACCUCCAUCAUACUCCAGUUAGAGCUCCAGGCAUUGCUGAUCUGGCAUCAAGUGAGUGGGCCGCUGAGUAUAUGUCAUCUGAGGUCCAGCGAGCAGAAGAGUGGUCCAAAGAAUAUGAACAGGAGGCAAGGUUCCAGCCAAGAGCAGGUUUUCAUGAUGUGCCGACCAAGUGGGCUGCUGAGUACUUAGAGCAUGUCAGCGACAUGGGACAUGCAGCUCUUGAUGAUGCAUCAUGGGUGAAUGAGUACAAGCAAGAGAGUGAAAAUGCUGAACUUUCCAAGACUGCUGGGGAGCUGCUUGAAAAUGCGGGUGAUCCAAAAUUUGCAAACUCCAAGUUUAUGAAGUUUGUAAAGAAACUAAGAGAUGGGGAAUACACAAUUGAAAACAACAAGGUAGUUGAUGCUAAGACAGGUCAGGAAGUAGAUGAAAAUACUGAAGCUGCAGGCGAGUGGAUUGACGAGUACGAGAAAUUCAGAGCAACUGAAGCAGAUGAGUGGGUCAAGGAACUCACAUCAGCCGCAAAUGUACAAAAGGUAUCAGUUGAAUAUAAGUUUGAAGAGGACAAUCCCUUACUGGAUCAUCCUAAUCCGUUUGAAGAGGGACUGAAAAAGCUUAAAGAAGGAGACUUGAUAAGUGCUAUUUUAUUAUUUGAAGCAGAGGUGAAACAGAGACCAGAGCAUGCCGAGGCAUGGCAGUAUUUAGGAACAAGCCAAGCAGAAAAUGAGCAAGAUUUAGCUGCUAUAAUAGCAUUGAAUAAGUGUCUCGAAAAGCAGCCAGACAAUUUAACGACACUCAUGGCUCUGGCUGUGAGCUACACCAACGAAUCCAUGCAAUCGCAGGUGACAGUUAAUGUAGACUACGAAUGUCCUCCUUUGUUGCAGGCAUGGCAGUAUUUAGGAACAAGCCAAGCAGAAAAUGAGCAAGAUUUAGCUGCUAUAAUAGCAUUGAAUAAGUGUCUCGAAAAGCAGCCAGACAAUUUAACGACACUCAUGGCUCUGGCUGUGAGCUACACCAACGAAUCCAUGCAAUCGCAGGCCUGUCAAACUUUAAAAGCUUGGUUAAAAGCAAAUCCUCGAUACAUGGACCUGGUACCGAAUGAGCCUGCGGGAGCAGAGGGCGGCGCGCGGUCGCGGCUUGUGACGUCAUCCAUGAUGUCAUCGGAGAUGUACAAUGAGAUUAAAGAGCUUUACAUCACCGCUGCACAAAGAGCUCCAGAGAAAGACAUUGACUCCAACGUGCAGGUUGGUCUCGGCGUCCUGUUUAAUCUGUCAGGGGAGUACGACAAAGCUGUUGAUUGCUUCCAGGCCGCGCUACACGCCUUGCCAAACGAUGCCUUGCUAUGGAACAGACUGGGCGCUACCCUAGCGAAUGGCGGGCGCAGCGAAGAAGCGGUCGAUGCGUACAGACAUGCGCUGAAUCUCAGUCCCGGCUUCAUUCGGUGUCGGUAUAACUUGGGUAUUAGCUGUAUAAACCUGAACGCUCACAGACAGGCAGUGGAUCACCUGCUGACGGCGUUAAAUAUGCAACGAAAGGGUACAGUUGGGCCAGGAGGCUCAGUAUCGACGAUGUCAGAUAACAUUUGGUCCACACUGCGCAUGACUCUUUCACUGAUGGGCAGAUCUGAGCUUCACAGGGCAGUUGACACUCGUGAUUUGGAUCAACUUAACGCUGUCUUUCAAACGGAAUCACACGAUGAUGGUGCAGUGACUGUCUAAGGAGAAAACGUUUCAUCGUUCGGUGAUCUUGUUUGGACAAGAGAAACAAAGAGCAUUUGCCGAAGAUUGCGCUAAGGGAAAAAAAAGUUCAUGUGAAUUUUGCGUGAGGAUGAAAUGAACUUAAGUUAAUCCGCGAACAUUCAACUCUAUUUACUGAAGUGCGCUCGUUUCUUCCGUUUCUGCGUGCCAACAAUAGACAAGAGUAAGAUCCGGGGGAACAAACGACGGUGGUGCUACUUCACGCUUCUGAUGUUGCUAAGCGCUAAGCUCCGACACUUGUAUAUGGUAUAUAAGGGCAAAAUAAAACAGCAACUUUUCCAACAUAAAUAAAUGGAGAAUUUCGCAGACUUGGUAAGGAGAGGUGGGAAAGAGUGACUUGUAUGUUCUCGACAGCCUCUAAAAGUGACAAGCGCUUAAACUGUCACGUGACUGAGUGUCACGUGACGUCAUUUCAUGUAAUAAUUGUAAUGGAAUAUUUAAAAGGUAUAAUAUGUUAAUAUAUGUGUUGUCAAUUUUACUGUGGGCUUUGAUCGACGAGGCAAAGCUAUCGAAUUGGCCUGAGCUUUGUAACCAAUAAAUAUUUUUUUUAACAAAGCUUGUUAUUGAACAGAGUUUUGUAAAAAUCUAUUUCGACGUGUUUUUGUGCGAGAAGUAAUCUAAAGGUUUUGUGCUUGGGAAAAUUGAGAUGGAAUAUUCCAUUAUGAAUUUUCUUUUAAAUGAGGCUGGAUAAUUCACUUUCAAGUUUCACAAAAUGAACUUCACGUGAUGAUGAAAUAAAAUGAUAAAUGAAGAGGA